CUACGUAAAAAUUAUGCAAACGGGCUUGGUGGGACCGAGAGGUCUUUUCCGCCUUCACGAUGGUUCGGCUGUGGGCCGGGGCAGUUCGCUCUAAUCCUGCCGAGACCAAACAGCUGGGAAUUGUAUAUAUAUAUAUGUUCUAUGAUCCGUUAUAUGGUUGCGAUCUUUUGUGCGCUCGUGAGUUAUGAGGCGUACUUGAGACGUUUGUAUACCCUUUGGCUUAACGUUGCCUAUUCCCUAGGGCAGACCUCUCUAGAACCGGGCUAAAUGGGUAUAUUCUGCUAUGCGCUUACAAUCCCUAAGAUGUCAAUUGCUGUCCGUAGCGGCUGGGUUCGCGCCCUCCACUAACGCCCUCGGACAGCAGCAGAUAAUCAGCUUCACGAGUAGCGAGGGUGCUUUCCAAUUAGUUGGUGGGCCGAUUUCCCAGCCUCAGAUCCUGGUUUCAAACAAUGAAUAUUGGGGAGUCAUUCGUGCUGCGGGCGAUCUCGCUAAGGACUUUGGUCGAGUGACGGGAACCAACUUCACAUUAAGCAACGGGGAAUCUGGUGCUGAACCGGCAUCAUACGAAUACAGGCCAAUCACGCGAAAUUACACACAUUAUGCGGUUAAUGAUACGCAAUACUUCCGCGGUCCCGAAUAUGUCGAUCCGUCGGCUGAAAGCACCGUCAUAAUUGUUGGCACGCUGGGACAUUCUAAAGCAAUUGACGAAUUGGUUAGUGCUGGGAAGCUGAAUGUCUCGGAUAUCGAAGGAAAGUGGGAAUCAUUCACGACUAAAAUUGUCGAAGAUCCAGUUGCCGGAUGCUCAAAGGCAGUUGUCAUAGCAGGAAGCGACCCACGUGGAACUAUCUUCGGCAUAUACGAUAUCAGCGAGCAGAUCGGCGUGAGUCCGUGGUAUUGGUGGGCCGAUGUCCCCAUCAAGCAGUCGAAGGAAAUAUACAUUCUACCAGAUGAUAAAGUCCAAGGGCCCCCUUCGGUCAAGUAUCGUGGCUUUUUCAUCAACGAUGAGCAGCCUGGAUUAUCAGGAUGGGUCCAAUGGAACUACCCCGAUACCCCCUAUGGGGUUGGUUAUAACGCCGACUUUUACUCAAACGUAUUUGAGCUCCUCCUUCGACUACGGGCGAACUACCUAUGGCCUGCCCUCUGGGGCACCAUGUUCGAGAUUGAUGAUCCAGCGAAUCAGCCAUUAGCUGACGCGUGGGAAAUCGUGCUUGGGAGUUCGCAUACGGAGCCGAUGAUGCGCGCACAGAAUGAAUUCGGCACGUUCUACACUAGCAAAGGCCUAGGUCCCUGGGCGUAUAAUCUAAAUAACAAAACGAUCGAUGAGUACUUCGUUUACGGAGCGGAACGUGCGAAACCUUAUGCGCGCAAUAGUCUAUGGACCAUGGGCAUGCGGGGAUCUGGCGACACGGCUAUUGAAGGGCUGGGCGUCGAAGUGAUCGUCGAGAUGCUAGAGACUCUUGUUCACAACCAACGGACCAUCAUUGAAGACGUGCUAGAUAUCAAAGCCGCAGAGGCACCUCAGCUAUGGUGCCUGUAUAAAGAAGUCAUGUCGUAUAUCCUCCAAGGCCUUACGAUUCCGGAGGAUAUUACCCUUCUAUGGGCGGAUGACAAUUGGGGUAAUGUUCGGAGAGUGCCUAUCGACAACGAGACGACGCGAUCCGGAGGAGCUGGUGUAUAUUAUCACUUUGAUUACGUUGGCGACACUAGAAAUUACAAAUGGAUAAACACCAUCCAACUGGAAAAGACUGCAGAGCAGAUGCAGCUUGCAUAUUCCCACGGUGCUGAUAGGAUAUGGAUUGUCAAUGUUGGAGACCUAAAACCCUUAGAAAUCCCACUCAGUCACUUCUUAGACAUGGCAUAUGAUAUCAAUCAGUGGGAUGUAGACGGGGUGGCUAACUGGACACUUGCUUGGGCGACUCGCGAAUUCGGGCCAGAUCAUGCCACGACUAUCACGGAGAUCAUGACACGCUUCGGCAUGCUUGCCGCAAGAAGGAAAUUCGAAUUGGUGGAGCCAUACGUAUAUUCAGUCGUCAAUUAUAACGAAGGCGAUGCGGUAUUGGGUCAAUGGCAAGGUCUGGCUGACGAUGCGCAAGCCAUCUACGAGCAGUUAGAUGAAGCCCACCAGCGGGCGUUCUUUGAGAUGGUUCUGCACCCUAUUCUCGGUGGCCAAAUCGUUCACCAAGUCCAUAUCGGUGCGGAAAAGAACAUGGUUUAUGCAAACCAACACCGAAACGCGGCGAACGAUCUUAUUUCCCAAGUCCUAUCUAGCUUUAAUGCCGACGGCAGCCUUACGGCAAGAUGGGAUAGCCUAUUAGAUGGGAAGUGGAAGCGUAUGCUGGAUCAAACUCACUUUGGAUAUGAUGGUUACUGGCAACAGCCGAUGCGGAAUGUCCUUCCGGCCAUGGCUUACGUCCAGACUGCAGUAUCUUCGAUAGCAGGUAACGUCGGCAUCGCCGUAGAAGGGUUGAACGCUAGCAUUCCUGGUGAUGAUAAAUAUCAUAGUAACUCGGGCAAUACUCUUGUGCUUCCACCAUUAGACCCUUACGGACCUGCAGCGCGGUGGUUUGAUGUAUUCUCACGAGGCACGUUGAACUGCGACUGGUCGGCCGAAACGGAUAUUCCUUGGGUUAAACUGUCACAAUACAAAGGAACAGUAGGUCCUGAUAAUGGCACGGAUUCUCGCGUUUUCGUUUUGAUAGACUGGGAGAACGCACCGCAAAUCGUCAACGACACCGUGGCCAAUAUCAACUUCUCGGCGGGCUGCGGCCGCGAAGGCUUUUCAAGCUGGUACGGCAAACCGAUCGUACAGCUUCCCAUUAACCUACGUACGGUCCCAUCAAAUUUCACACAGGGAUUUGUCGAGUCGGAUAAGCACGUAGCCAUCGAAGGGCCGAAUUACCAACGCAUCUACACGCCGCCCGAUGUAGCGACGGACUCGGAGAUAAAAUAUCAUACGCUCAAGAACUACGGGCGCACGCUCGGCGGCGUAACUCUCUGGCCGCAGACUACGCCACCCCAAACCACCGAGUCGGCCCCGGCUCUCGAAUACGACUUGUAUCUAUUUACCAACAUCUCGAGAGCCAACGUAACGCUAUACCUCUCGCCCACCCAAAACUACCUUUCCGACAAGACGCCCCUCGAGUUUGCCGUGUCUCUUUUCCCUGCGGGCGCAGAGCAGGCUGAGCCACAAGUUGUCCGCUUCGUAGGCGAGAGCAUCGGAGCGGAUAUGCCUCCCGGUUGGGGACGCGCCGUCGCCGAUGCUAUCUGGGGACUCGCACCGAGUCAUAACACUACGACGACUUGGAACGUCGCACAAGAAGGGCCAUACACGCUCAGGGUUUGGGGACUAGCGCCGAGCGUCAUCGUACAGAAGAUCGUGCUUGAUCUAGGCGGCGUACGACCCAGUUAUCUCGGUCCUCCCGAGAAUUUCCUUGUCGGGAGAGACGAGCUAGGUAUUUACAAUCAAACGAGCUUUGCAGAUGGCCCAGGGGUUCUUGGCGGAGCUGCGAAGAGGUAAGGUAGGUAGCUGUGAACACAUAUACUAUGUAAUAUGUAUUAGUUAUGUAUAUAGUGAAAUUUUCGAUUUCUACCUAGGUUACAUAUGUUAAGC